UCUUCUAGUAAGAUAAGAGAGCUCUCUUUCUGUCUUUCAUCCAUGGCUAAGGCCUCUUUCAUCUGUCUUUCUCUUUGCUUGUUUCUCUUGUGCACUGGGUCUCUGGCCCAGGUAGGCCGGAGAGAGCAGCAACAGCAAGGCCAGUUCAGUGAGCGGAGCCAGUGCCAGAUCGAGAACCUGAGGGCCCUCGAGCCCGUCCGGCGGGUUGAGUCGGAGGGUGGUGUCAUGGAGUUCUGGGACCAGAAGAACGAGCAGCUCCAGUGCGCCCGUAUGGCCGUGGCUCGCCAAAUCAUCGCACCCAGAGGCCUUCACUUGCCUGAGUACGCCAAUGCGCCCCGGCUCCUAUACAUCGAACAAGGCUCGCCACCCUAACCUCGCUCUCUUCCCUCCAUUUUCAUUUUCUUUAGAU